AUGGCAAACGACACCCAAACACCGGAAGGCUAUGCCCCUUUUGACUUGUACCCUUACAAUCCAUCUCAAGCUCCAGCAUAUGCCUUCUUGGGCCUUUUUGCAGCGGCAGGUAUUGCGCACUUCAUUAUGAUGUUCCCCUAUCGAUCAGCCUUUCCCAUCCCUAUGGUUAUAGGAUGCGGUAUGGAAGCUACCGCCUAUUGGUUUCGAUCACGAUCUCACGACAAUCUCCGACAAACAUUGCCUUUUUUAAUACAAAACUUACUCGUCCUUGUGGCCCCACCAUUCCUCGCCGCCACUAUUUAUAUGUGUCUCGGUCGAAUCACGAGAGCUCUCAAAGCUCAAGAGAUAUCCCUUAUAAGCUUGCGCUGGAUCACCAAACUGUUCGUCUUGAUUGAUGUAAUCUGCUUUGCCACACAGACUGCAGGUGCCAUCAUGUCAGGCAGCGAGGUCAUCGAAGAGGCAAAGCGAGGUCAGACCAUCAUCAUAAGUGGACUGGUUCUUCAGAUCUUUGCUUUUGCCUUGUUCAUGAUCUGCGUCCUCACUCUGCAGCUUAGAAUCCAUUCAAACCCGCCUGUCCAGUGUAUUGCAGGUGUGGUGACGCACUAUCGUCGAUACUUUAUUGCACUAUACUGCACCAGCGGCCUAUUUUUGAUCCGCAAUUUGGUCAGAAUCAUUGAGUAUAAGCAGGGUGGUGAUGGCCCUCUUUUGUCAAAUGAAGCUUUCUUGUAUGUUUUCGACUGUUGUUUUAUGCUGGCUAUUAUUAUAAUCAUUCUUGUCAUACACCCGGGUCAACUGAUUAUGAAAGUUCGACGGCUAGACGUUUUGAAAGAGGACCUUCCCUUGGUAACGAGAUAG